AUGGGAUUAGGUAAAAAAAACAAGCACAGUAUUCAACAUGCUCCAAUCAGCAACGAUACAUCUUUGAACAGUAAAUCAAAGUGGUCAAAACAAUCAGCAUCCACCACCAAAAAGCGACCAUCUGUUUUUAAUCUUGAACCAUUGGCUGAUACUACCAACACAUAUACUAUUGAUCAACUCGAAUUACAAGAUCGCAGACAUCGACAGCAAUCCAAUGUGACGACUUCAAUUGCAAGUACCAUGAAUCGACAUGAUUGUUAUCAUGCUUCAGUACAAUUACCAGAGGAGGAAGUCAAGAACUUGUCCAACAUGUACCAAUGUGUACAGCGUUCUUCCAGAUCGAGUCGGAUCGAUUUACCACCUUUGGAUUCGGAGUGUGAAUCAGAACAAGAGUCAAACGACGAUCAGAAUAUUGAGGAUCAACUAGCCAAUAUCUCCAUUUCUGGAUCCAAUCCAAGUGGUUGUGAUGAAACAAAUCUAGCAACCAAAACAUACACUCGAUCAGAUCCAGCUCCUCCUAUUCCUCGUAUUCUCUUGGAAGAUUUUUGUGGUACUUGUGUAUUGGCAGAUGCAUGGUGUAAACAACAUGCCACUAAUACAGCAAUUGGGAUCGACAAUGAUCCGGCAGUGACUGCCUAUGCACGAUCUCAAACUCUUAUUCAUUCACAUUCAUCCCGCGUUUCUGUUUGGACAGGUGAUGUUCUGGAUCCAACUUUGUUCAUGGAGAAAAACAAACAAGUGGAUAUGAUUGCUGCACUGAAUUAUGGUGUGUUUUACUUUCAUAAACGGCAUGAUUUGAUCAAGUAUUUGAAACGAUGUUUGGUAGGGUUAAAACCUGGUGGAGUUUUGAUUGCUGAUUGCUUUGGUGGUGCGCGAGUGUUUUCGAGUCAAGGCAGGCUAUUUAAACGACGUAUUGCAGACUUUACAUACUUUUUUGAGCAAACACCAAUAAAUCCACUGACCAACAAGCUGGGGGUUCGUCUUCAUUUUCGUUUUGACGAUGGAUCAUGGUUAAAGAAUGCAUACACGUACGUUUUUCGUGUGUACUCUAUCACCGAGAUUCAAGAAGCGAUGGAAGAAGCUGGGUUUUCAUCUUCGUUUAUUUGGAUUGCGUCGAGUGCCGAGGAAAGUGUGGUUACACAGAAUAGAAAAAAACGUGAUUCUUCCUUAAACGAACACUCUGAGCAGUUUGAUGUGAACAAAGAUAUAGAGUCUGAUAGCGAGCUCAAUUCGGAUGAUUCAAGCAGUUAUAAUGGCCGAAAUACUAUAAAAGAACGUCGGCAAAAUCAGACUUGGCAAGAUCCCAACAAUGGUGUUUACGAAUACAAUCGAGUCACCUCUUCAGACAUGACUCAGCUUGAAUCGUGGAAUGCUUACAUUGUUGCUGCCAAAUAA